UGGGAGCGUGCUCCUUGACACCCCGACGCGGCGCACCGCGACCCGGGGACGCGUUAGUAAGUGGCUGCCGUUGUCUGACUUCCGGUGAUGAGGGAGCUGAGCUUCCGCGGGAGCGGGCCGGCUGGAUGGAACAAAAGUGGGACUUGGAAAAUGUUGCCCUGUAAGAAGAGAAGAACUACGUUGACAGAGUCCCCACAACAUCAGGGCAGCCAGGAGGAAGAUGACUUAGACCUUCAGUUAGCUGUUAAACCAGAAUCUGACCAAGUUAAAGACCUGGGGUCAGUGUCCCUGUCCUGGAGUCCAAGUCAUGGCAGAGCAGCUGACCUUGACGUGCAGGUUGCCAGAAUUCAGCUUGGUAUGGAGGACCCAUCUUUGAGCUCUAGGAUGCUCACCGACAGCACAAAUGUUGCAGUUCUGGAAGCUGUGGAUGUGGCCAUCUCUCAGGAAAUCACCCUACCUUCCUUGGAGUCUUCUUAGCCUGUAAAUACACACAUUGGUAAAGGAAAACUUCAGGCCACUAGCUCAAGGAGAGGGAAGAAAAUUACACUCAGACCUGGGUCAGUUACUCAAGAAGACAGAGGCGAUCAUCCUAUCGCAAGGGAACUUUUUUCAGAAAAGCCUAGUGGAGAAGUCAAGGAAGAAGGAGAGGAGGCAAAUGAUGACAAUCCGGAAUAUAAUUUCCUGGAAGAACUUGAUGGACCAGAUGCAAAGGACUUCCGCACUGACCGGGCAGUAAGAGUCACCAAAAAGGACAUGAAUGAACUGAUGGAAGAGUCGUUUGAAACUUUUCAAGAUGAGAUGGGAUUCUCCAGCAUGGAAGAUGACGGCCCAGAAGAGGAGGGACGUGUGGCUGAGCCUCGGCCUAACUUUAACACCCCUCAAGCCUUACGGUUUGAGGAACCACUGGCCAACUUACUAAAUGAGCAACAUUGCACCUUGAAGGAGCUACUUGAACAGCUGAAGAUGAAAAAAUCUUCAGCCAAACAGCAGCAGGAAGUAGAGAGGGUUAAACCCCAGAGGGAGAAGGUUCAUCAGACUCUGAUUCUAGACCCAGCACAGAGGAAGAGGCUCCAGCAGCAGAUGCAGCAGCAUGUUCAACUCUUGACGCAAAUUCACCUUCUCGCCAGUUCCAACCCCAGUCUCAGUUCGGAGGCCAGUACCACCAGGAUAUUUCUUAAAGAGCUGGGAACCUUUGCCCAAAGCUCCAUCGCCCACCAUCAUCAGUUUAACCCCAAGUUUCAGACCUUGUUCCAACCCUGUAACCUGAUGGGAGCUAUGCAGCUCAUUGAAGACUUCAGCACACAAGUCAGGGUUGACUCAAGUCCUCGUAAAACUGUCAUGAAGACUGCCUAUAGAUUGCCCUAUUUGCCAAAGCAAGUGGCUUGGAUCCUAGCCACAAGCAAGGUUUUCAUGUAUCCAGAGCUACUUCCAGUGUGUUCUCUGAAGGCCAAGAAUCCCCAGGUUAAGAAUUUCUUCACCAAGGCAGAGGACAGUUUGUUGGCUUUAGGCCUGAAGCACUUUUUUAAAGGGACCCAUUUUCCCAAGCCUCUGAUCAGCAAGUACCUUCUCACUUGCAAGACUGCCCACCAGCUGACAGUGAGAAUCAAGAACCUCAACAUGAACAGAGCUCCUGACAACAUCAUUAAAUUUUAUAAGAAGACCAAACAGCUGCCCAUCUUAAUGAAGUGCUGUGAAGAGAUCCAGCCGCAUCAGUGGAAGCCGCCUGUAGAGAGGGAAGAACACCGGCUUCCAUUCUGGUUAAAGGCCAGUCUACCGUCCAUCCAGGAGGAACUGCGGCACAUAGCUGGUGGUGUCAGAGAGGCAGGAAAUGUGACCGGAACCACUGAGAUCAACUCAGACCCAGGCCUGGGAAAAGGCAGCUCGGAACUGGAGAGUGAAACUCGGUAUCCACUGCUACUGCCUGAGGGUGUAGUCCUGAAGCUGAAGCCAGUUGCCAACCGUUUUUCUAGGAAUGCCUGGAGACAGAAGCCGUGGUCAGCCCUGAAACCUCUCCUUAUCAGGCCCAGUCCCUGUUUCCAGCCUAGCUUCAGCUCUGAGAAGACACCAGCUAGGUCAGCUCACUCAGAAGCCCCUCCAAGCAAAAUGGUGGUCCGGAUUCCUCCCCUGAUCCAGCCAGCCACGGUCUUACAGGCAGUGCCAGGUGGCCCUCCUCUGGGGGUCCCCAGGGGGGACAGUUUUGAGUCUCCAGCAGCACUGCCAGCUACAGCUGCUGAGGCCAGGACCAGCUUCCCUCUGCCUGAGCCGCAGACCCUGCUCUCCUCCGCCCCUGUGCCGAAGCUAAUGCUGCCUUCACUUGCUUCUUUGAAGUUUUGAAAGCCAUGUGUGAAACGGAGAGCCUCCAAGAGAAAGGGACCCAAGGCCUCUCUCUGUCUGAAGCCUGCCCCUCUCAUCCACCCUGCGCCCGUGUUCUUCACUGUCCCCGCCACCACUGUGAAGGUUGUGAGCCUCGGCAGCGGCUGCAACAUGGUGCAGCCUGUCGGUGCAGCGGUGGCCCGGAGUCCUCAGACCAUCCCCAUCACCACCCUGCUGGUUAACCCUACUGCCUUCCCCUGUGCGUUGAACCAGCCCCUUGUGGCCUCCUCCAUCCCUCCCUUAAUUGUCUCUGGCCCCUCUGUGAAUCUCUCUGUACCAUCCACCCCUAAAGAUAAAGCCCCCGUGAAUGUGGACACAGGUUGUCCUUUGGCUGAGGGGAAAAAUGCCUUUCCAGGCCUCGAACCCAAAGUAGAACCUCGGGAACCGUCUCCUGUCUGUGCUGCCGUCUUCCCCAAAGAGGAGCACAGCCCAGGGCCUCCAGCUACAGACAGAGCGUGCCAGGAGCAGCUGUCGGAGAGCAGUGCCUGUGGCUGGACCACUGUGAAAACAGAGGAGGGGAGGCAGGCCCCUGAACCCCUGCCUCAGGGCUUCCGGGAAUCUCUGCACACUUGCCCUGAGGAUUUAGAGGAAAUCGUUAAGACGGAACCUAAAGACCCUGGGGAGGACAUCUAUGGUAGAUCCCUGGAUCAAGAUAUCCAUUAUGAAGUCAAAGAAGAACAUGGGGAACUGGACACUGGCUUCCCAAGUGAGGAGUCAAGAGGGUCUAGAGAGGUGAGAACAGGCCUACAACAGGAGGAGGAGUCAUCCAGCUAUUGCUGCUGCUGCUGCUAAGUCGCUUCAGUCGUGUCCGACUCUGUGCGACCCCAUGGACGGCAGCCCACCAGGCUCCUCCGUCCAUGAGAUUUUCCAGGCAAGAGUACUGGAGUGGGGUGCCAUUGCCUUCUUCGAUCCAGCUAUUAGGUUGGUGCAAAACUAAUUGCACUUUCAUAUUGUUGAACUUCGCUGUUUGAUAUUGGAAUACAUUCUUAAAUAAAUGUGCGUAUUUUUAUACAUCAUUUUAACCUGAAUUUCUUGUUUUAUGUUUUUUGCUAAUGACAUUACUUGCUGUGGAUUUUAUGUUUAUUUUAGACUAGGAAAUGAUGUUAGUCAAAAAGCAAAUUGUUAUUUGAGUUUGAAAUGGGUGGUAAAGCAGUGGAGACAACUCACAACAUCAACAGUGCAUUUGGCCCAGGAAUUAAUGAAUGUACAGUGCAGUGGUGGUUCAAGAAGUUUUGCAAAGGAGAUGAGAGCUUUGAAGAUGAGAAGUGUAGUGGCUAGCCAUCAGAAGUUAACAACCAGUGGAGAGCAAUCAUUGAAGCUAAUCUUAGAGCUAUAGGAGAAGUUACCAAAGAAUUCAACAUCAGUCUCUAUAGUUGUAUGACAUUUGAAGCAAAUUGGAACAGUGAAAAGCUCAGUAAGUGGGUAUCUCAUGAACUGACCACAAAUCAAAAAUAUUGUCAUUUUGAAGUGUCGCUUUCUCUUACUGUGUGCAACAACAAUGAACCAUUUCUCGAUUGGACUGUGACAUGUAAUGAAAAGUGGAUUUUAUAUGACAACCGAUGAGGACCAGCUCAGUGGUUGGACUAAGAAGAAGCUCCAAAACACUUCCCAGAGCUAAAAUUGCACCCAAAAAAGGCCAUGGUCACUGUUUGAUGGUCUGUUGCCCAUCUGAUCCGCUACAGCUUUCUGAAUCCCGACAAAACUGUUAUAUCUGAGAAGUAUGCUCAUCAAAUCAGCGCGAUGCACCAAAAACUGCAAUGCCUGCAGUCAGCAUAGUUCAACAGGGCCCAAUUCUUCUCCAUGACAGUGCCUGACCGCACAUCGAACAACCAACCCUUCAAAAGCUGAACGAAUUGGGCUAUGAAGUUUUGCUUCAUAUGCCAUAUUCCCCUAACCUCUCACCAACCGACUGCCACUUUUUCAAGCAUCUCAAUAACGUUUUGCAGGAAAAAUGCUUCCAUAACCAGCAGGAGGCACAAAAUGCUUUCUAAGAGUUCUACUCCUGAAGGAUGAAUUGUUAUGCU